UGGUAACGCUGUAAGGUGUUGCCUAUUUUUAUUUUAAUAUAAUCACUCAAAAUUUAAUGGCAUCACAGAAUCAGCUGAUUCAUAACAAUAAAUUCAGUAAUCUUUAUAAAUUAAAAUUAUGCGUUUUCUUAUUAAAUAUUUUAAAUAACUUUAAACAUGUGUGACAUGCAUACAGUGAAAGCACAUUUGGCGAUUAUAUGAAAUACUUGGAAAUAUGUUUUUAAAAAUAAAUCAAAGAAAAUAUCAUGUUACGGAUUUGGUUGUACGUAUCGCAUGUAUCGCUUUAGUGAUAUAUUGGAUUAUGCCAUGGCGAUUUGCUUCUCAUUAUGAAUAUUUACAUCGAAAUGAAAUACAACAAGCGCUUGUUGAACAAGUUACGACUAAUAUUUCAAUGCAACGUAUGCCACCAUGUGAAUACAGUGAUAUCUUUGCAGAUAACGUUAUUACAUAUCGUUCGCAAUAUCGAGAGCAUGUGUUGCGGGGAGAAGAAAUUUUGCCUGGUGGCGAAUAUUUUCCAGAAGAUUGCAGUGCACGCUUUAGUACGGCAAUCAUUGUGCCUUACCGAAAACGUGAGGAACAACUUCAUGCUUUUCUCAUCUACAUGCAUAAUUAUUUGCGACAGCAACGUAUUCACUAUCGAAUUUUCUUAGUUGAACAAUAUGACCAAAAGCCGUUCAAUCGGGCAAAACUAUUCAAUAUUGGCUCAGUAAUUGCAGCAGAACUUGAAUUCCCUUGUUUAAUAUUGCAUGAUGUCGAUUUACUUCCAAUGAACUUGGGCCAACUGUACGCCUGUACCCAGAAGCCUCGUCAUAUGUGCUCUGCACUCGAUAUUUUCCGUUUCACAUUACCUUACCGAGGACUAUUUGGAGGUGUUGUAGCCAUUCGUACGCAUCAAUAUCGGUUUAUUAACGGAAUGUCUAAUUUAUAUGAGGGUUGGGGAGGAGAAGAUGACGAUUUAUUCAAUAGAUUAUAUUCGCAUAAAAUAGAUAUAUGUCGCUUUGAACCAAGCUACAGUACAUAUACGAUGAUGCGCCACAAACCUGAGAAGAAGAACGAAGCUCGUUUGGAACUAUUACGAACCGGAUAUAAACGCUUUCUAACAGAUGGAUUAAAUUCACUUAUUUACUCAGAGAAGGAACGUCGCUUGCAUAGCUUAUUUACACAUAUUUUGGUAGAAACGUGAAUUUUUAUGAGAUCUCCUCAGAAAAGUUACCUAAACAACUUUAUAACGCAUAUUCGUCCGUUGAAAAAAAGAGUUGAAAAACAAAUUAACAAAAAGGCUUGUGGUUGUAGUGAUCAACGCUAUAACAUAAAGAUAUACAUAUACAUAUGUUUAAGUUAAUAUCUACAUAUGCAUAGAAAUAU